UAACUCAGGGGUCCUGAAGUUGAAACAGCCGCGGCGGAGCAGUAACAACAACAUGUCGGCGUCCUCGAGAGCGCAGGUGAUUUCUCUAUACAGGACGAUGAUGAGAGAAAGUAGCAAGUUUUCUUCGUACAACUACAGGAACUAUGCUCUGCGGCGUGUGCGUGAUGCCUUCAGGUCCAACAGGAAUGUAGAGGAUCCCAAAACUGUGGAGAGACUGAUGGACGAGGGACAGAGGACACUGGCACUGAUACAGAGACAGGUCACUGUGGGGAAACUGUACGAGACUCAGAAGAUUGUGGUGGAGUGAGAAGACGAGGAGGAGGCGGAACAGGAAGUGAUGUCACACACUGCAGUGAUGUCCCCACACACACGUGGACUGCUGAAAUGCAUUGUGGGAGAUGUAAAGUUGUGAAGACUCGGCUUCUUUUUUCAAAAGUCUCUGUUUCCAUUUCACUUGAGGGGCGGGGUUGGAGGCGGGGCUCAUUUACAGCCACGUUCAAAAACGACCAAAGCGUUUUCUUUUAUUGAUCAGCUGAUCACCUGACUUCAUCUUGUACCGUGGACGACGCACAAAUAUCAAUAAAUCAAGUUUAAUUCA